AUGUCUGACUCAGGAGCAACACUGCCCGUCAUUGAUCUUGAUCUUUUUCGUACGCAACCGCAUGAAUCUGCGGAGGUGGUCGCCGAGUGCAAGAAGGCCGCUGAUGCGUUAAUUACCUACGGCGCACUGCUUCUGCACGACGAUCGUGUGUCAGAGGAUGACAACGCGAGGUUCCUGGACCUGCUCGAGGACUACUUCGCACAGCCUGAGCAUGCGCUCAAAGAGGACGAACGUCCUGAGUUAUCAUACCAAGUUGGCGUGACACUUGAGAAUACCGAGAAACCCAAGUGCGCUGCGGACGAACCGUGUCUACGGGUUAUCGCUCGACUGGAUCCUGCUGAGCGGCCGCUCGAUAUCACUGCGCAUUCGCCUGACCCGAAGUGUCGCUUCUUUUGGCGCAUGGGCGCGCGCCCCCCCUACGAAACAUCUUUCCCGGGCUUGAAUGCGCCCAAUGUCGUUCCAAGGGCUGAGAAUCUGAAAGAUCGUUGGGAGGCCACCCUGGAGAAAUGGGGUGCGAGUAUGAAGAACGCCGUCGAGGGUGUCGCCGAGAUGGCCGCCCUCGGCCUCGGCCUCUCGCGCGAAACCUUUACGGACGCAGGCGCAUAUGGACCGCACCUCCUUGCACCGACAGCUAGCGAUCUGGUCAAGUAUGGCCAGAAAGACACCAUCCUUGCCGGAUUCCAUACGGAUCUCAAUUUUCUCACGAUUCAUGGGCGUUCUCGGUACCCCGGCCUUCACAUAUGGGCGCGUAACACUGGAAAGCGUAUCGCUGUUCGCUUCCCGUCGCAAGGGCGCUACCUCCUUGUGCAGGCCGGAAAGCAGCUCGAACAUCUCACCGGCGGAUUGGUCAAAGCUGGAUUCCAUGAAGUUGUAGUCAAUGCGUCUACCGUAGAAACCAUCGAACGGCGCAAGAUUGAGUUCCCAGAGCGCCCAUUAGUGCGCAUAUCAAGCACCUUCUUCUGGCAUCUCUCUUCCGACUACGACCUGUCGCCGAUCUCGUCGCUCGCCCGUAGAGCUAAGGAGCUGCGGCUCAUGGACAAGAACCUGGGCUCGUCGGCUGCGGAAGAUGACGAGGAGGUUGAGUAUACGCCUAUGAAGGUCGGGCAACAAGUUCAGAAUGAAUUGAAGCACAUCGCACUUAUGGUGUAA